AAAAAAAAAAUGGUGCAACAGGAUUGCAUUGUAGAAUAUAAACGAAAUAAAUUAUUUUAAUAAAAUGAGUGAAUUAGAAAAUGCGUAUUGCAGGUUUUGCGCUGAGCUCAAGUCUUCCACCAAACUCCUCAACUUGCUAAAUGAACAUAAUAUACGAGACGACAUCGUAAAAAAACUGAAUAAGAUGAAUGUAAAUAUUAAAUUUAUCGAAGAUUCACUGCCUAAUACGGUUUGUUAUACAUGUACCGCGUCAUUAGACAAAGCAUUUGAGAUUAUAUUAGAAAUAGAAAAAGCUCAAGACAUUUUAGAAGACAUUAUAUUAGUCAAAAGUAUUAAAAAGGAAGAUUUCACAUCCGAUUUCGAUAACGACUUGGACCAGUGUAUGUCUUACGAUGUAGAUGUUAAACUCGAAGAUACUCAACCACAGCAUUCUAAGAAAAAUAUUUAUAAUGACAAAAAAAGGAAACAAAAAAUACCAAGUGAUUUAGAUGGUGUACCUUUGUCGCAGUUGAAGUUAACAUGGCAGGAAUACAGCUGGAAAUGUGCUUACUGUGAGACCCUAUUCCCAACGAUAGACGAAUUAAAAAGUCAUUCAAUACAAUAUCACGAAUGUUGCAACCCAUACAGAUGUACAGAUUGCAAUAUCCGCAAGUUGAAACUGGACAGCUUCGUUGCACAUGUUAAAAGACACAGAAAAUAUCUAAAACUAUCUUGCUAUAAGUGCCAUAAACGAUUCUCUAAAAUAACAGAUGCUAAAUUACAUCACAACCUUCAUGUAGACUCAAAUUAUUUCUGUACUGGAUGUAAUUCCACUUUUAAUACAUCAGAUGAGCUUACAGAGCACAGUAAAUACAAUAGAGAUCUAAAAAUUAGACAGUUACCACCUAUAGCAAAGGAAAGACUAGAAAGUCUAAACUGUCCAAUAUGCCAGAAGUUAUUUAAGUAUAAAGGGACUCUAUCGAAUCAUCUAUUAACACAUACAGAAAGAAAACGAGAACAUACUUGUGAGAAAUGUGGGAAACGAUUCUUGAGCAAGCAGAACUUAGCUGGUCAUAUGAUGCUUCACGACGAUGUCAGACCUUACCCUUGUGAAAUUUGUAAGUUUAGGUUUAGGACACCAGCCCAGUUGAGAAUGCAUGUUGGAAUUCAUGAUGGAAUUAAACCAUUUGAAUGUGAUCAGUGUGGUCGUUGCUUUCGUUUAAGAAAACAACUUGUUAACCAUAGCAUUGUGCAUACAGAUGCUCUUCCUUAUGUAUGUUCAUACUGCAGUAAAGGAUUUAGAUUUAAAAGCAUUUUAAACCAACAUAUACGCCAGCAUACAGGUAUUAAACCAUAUUCAUGUCAACAUUGUGAAAGAACAUUUACAAAUUGGCCAAACUAUAACAAACAUAUGAAUCGUAGGCAUGGUUUGAAUAUGGCCAAAAAAAAACGUACCCCUAAAGGUGUGUACCCCAUAGAUCCAGUGACUGGUCAAAUGGUUUUAUAUGAAGAGACAAAUAAAACUAACGAAUGGAAGAGUAAAUUGUUGGAAGGAUCAAGGAAGCCAGGACGUCCAAAAGGUAUAAACCAUGAAAACACAAAUGUACCUUUAAAAUGCAAUGACUAAGUUAGUAAAAAUAAUUAAGCUAACAAACAGUAGAAGAAAUGAUUAGGUUAAAUCCUAGAAAGAAAAUGCCACCCCUUAAAAAUUUAUUUAAGAGAAUGGUUGUUUUGAGUUUUUUGAGAAUCAGAUGAAAUUAUUUAUAUUGAUUAUUUAACUUUUAUUAUUUU